GGGGAGCUCACAGAGGAGUCUGAAAACCUGGCCUCACUGGAGGGUCUUUAAGCAGGCAGUUGUGUAGGAGUAGAAUGACUGGGAAGACCCAGACCAGCAACGUGACCAACAAGAAUGACCCGCGCUCCCUCAACUCUCGCGUCUUCAUCGGCAACCUCAACACGGCCGUGGUCACCAAGGCCGACAUCGAGGCCAUCUUUGCCAAGUACGGCAAGAUUGUGGGCUGCUCCGUCCACAAGGGCUUCGCCUUCGUCCAGUACGCCAGCGAGAGGAAUGCCCGCGCGGCCGUCAUUGGGGAGAACACGAGGGUCAUCGCUGGGCAGUCGUUAGAUAUCAACAUGGCGGGAGAGCCCAAACCUUACAGGCCCAAGAUUGGCUCCAAGAGGCCUCUUUCUUCUCUCUACAGUGGCUACGAGUUUGACUAUGACUACUACAGGGAUGACUUCUACAGCAGACUCUUUGAGUACCACGGUCGUGUGAUGCCCCCGACGCGGGCCGUGAUCCCAAUCAAACGCUCUCGACUCAUUGUCCCAUCCACACGUAGAGCCAAGUCCUCCUUUCCUGUCAGGACCUGCUCUUCCUCUUCCUCCUCCUCCUCUUCCUCUUCCAGGGCGCUCAAUGCUGGGUCCUCAGUCACUGGCCCUAAAUUGAAGACAAACCAACUCCUAACAAUCAAAAAGGAGCUGUCGCAGAUCAAGACUAGGAUCGAUUCUUUACUAGGAAGGCUGGAGAAAAUAGAGAGACAGCAUCGUUCUGAUGCAGAGAUGCAGAGGAAGCAGGAGGAGGCGUACGGCUGUCUCCAUGGCGAUGCAGCAGACCACUCAGGUGAAGAGGAAGGUGAGGGGACAGCUGAGGUGGAGGCAGGAGAGAUGACGGACGGCGGUGAAGACGACUUCGAUGAUGACGGCAACAAUGACCGGAUCGAGCACCACAUAUCAGACAUAGACAACUGAGGAAGGUUGGAAAAAGGGAAGCCAAGGUAAAGACGAGAAAAUGGAUACCAGCAAACUCUUCUUGAUGAGGGAGGCGCCUUCGCAAUCAGUGGAAAACCUACGAAGGAAAAGACAUUUGACAGGAGAAGAAUGACCAAAAAAGAAGAAAAAGAAAAGAAUAAAAGUUUGCGCUUGUUUGUCUCAUUGAGAACACGACACCCCCCCCCCCAUCUAUG